GGCCCAAGUAUCCCCGCCCGGGUCUCGCCGCCUGCCCGCGGGUCAGCGCCGGAGGCCACACGCUCCGCAGUCGCCAUGGGGAACGCGCGCUGGCUGCUGCUGCUGCUCGGGCUGGCCGUCACGGUCACCGCGACACAAGCCGGUGUUCUGAGCUGGCUCGAGGGGGAAGCCAGCUCGGGCGGGGAGCUCCAGGCCGACCAACCCAACAGCAGCGAGGAGCAAAGCGAUGAUGGCGACAACCAGAUCAAACGCCUCGUGGAAGCAAUGCACGGCAGCUUCGUGGAGCUGGCAACGAAGCGCAACACCUGGUAUGACCGAUACGAUAUUUUGGCCCAGCAGGCGGCCAACAAUUCGAGGGUUAUUACCGAAUUAUUAGGCAUUAGCAGGAUCGCCAUGCCCAUCAUCUGGAACACUUUCAUGGCCAAGAACAUCUGGCAGAGGACGGAGCGGAUGCAGCACGGCGUCGCCCAGGUGUACAGCCCCUUGCACGACGCCUCGGCCCCCCACCCUCUGCGCUCGCUCACCACGUCCCUCACGCAGGACCAGGAUUUCGCCGUCGAGGUCAUCCUGAGCCUCACGACGGAAGCGAACGUGGGUUUCCGGCUGAUGUGGGAGCCCGAGGGCGGCGCCGCCUUCGACUGGGCGCAGGACGACAUCCUUUUCGGCCUCCACCUCCGCCGCUUCCACUACGACGGCGACAGGGAGGUGGUGAUGGACGACAAGUACGACGGCGAGUGGACGCCCGACGCCGCCUUCGUGCCCUCCGAGCACUGGCCCGACAUCAAGCCCGGGCGGAAGUUCAAGAUCAUUGUGAUGAAGAAAGGUUCUUGUUUCAUGGCGCUGAUAUUGUCUGGAGAAGACAUCUACGUGCAGCUUCCGAAACCCAUGGGCUAUACUUAUCGAUUCUGCCCCAAGCCUCGCCGCCAGGCCAAGGUCAGCGAGUGGGCGGCCCGACCCCUCCGCGUCGUCCUCAAUGAAGAUAAUCCUGGGCGCGGGGAAGUUCGAGUCCACGCCCUCACCUGGUAUCCGGCGUCACCCGUGACCUCUAACCCUUGGCAACAUAAUUAGUUACGUGUUGGCACUUGGGGUGGAUAGUGGCACUGAAACGAUAUCUUUGACACUUUUUUGGGGUUGUGAUCAUCUUUCAGCAUUUGCACUGGAAACUAUGUUACUUGACUCCUCCUUUCUUGGUCGUGGCACUGUUAACUAUAUCUUUAACACCUUAAGUGUCGUGGGACUAGCGCCUCUCGCCUUUGGCACUGUUGAUCAUACUUCAUGACACCUCAUACAACUGCUAAUGUCACUUUUAUUCUUAUUGUAUUGCUAACCACGGACUCUUCCAAUGUUGGCAGUGCCUACACCAGCAUGCAUCUAACACCAAACCUUUCUUUGAUGAGGCACCACCACCACCCCUGGCACCUUUCCAAAUGUAGAACAGAAUAUUUGAAAGAUGUAAAGCUAUCUGUCUACUUACUAACCAAUAAGAGACUUUAGUUCCUAAGAACUACCUAAAAAUGUCGAUGUAGAAGGGUUUUCACAAUUUAUAUAAUUUUAGUAUUCGUUUCCAAUUAUAUAGUGAUGUUCCAUGAUAUAGAUGUGACCUCAUAAUUGUUUGUUUUGAGAGUGAAUUCGGGCAACAAAAACAAUUUUAUUAUUAUCAUUGAAUUGUUCAGUACAUUGUAAUGAAACGAAUUUGCAAUAAAGAUGACAUUCCAAAAAAACAAUA